GACAAAAAAACAUUGAUACACGAAUCGUGUACCAUAAAUUAUAGUCAUAAUGUAUUUCAGCGCCAUUUGUAACAAGAGACUUGAAGAACGAGGCUAGACAUAUUCCACAAAUCAUGUCAAACGGUGACGCCAUUUUCUUACAUCAUAUGUAUAUCAUUGGGAGAGCAUGCACAAUAAAUACUAUCGGUGUAGACUGGAAUAACCAGACGCCAGAUAUUGCCAUUUGAUUGAGACUUCUGGUAUAUUUCGCCAAACAUAACUGGUUUGAAAUUAGAGUAAAAACGGAAAUCAGUUUAUUUACAUUCAUAUUACAUUAUUACAUGUAUAUGCGUUGGGACCCAUUUGUGUCAAUUUCUAAGUCCCAAAUAUUAGCGAUUUAGUUUCUUUAAUAUGAUAGUAUUAUUGCCAGGGAUGUUGUCAUUUCAAAGCCAAAUUUACAGUGGUUUUAUUUACUUUUUCAAGUUUUUGUACAUCGAUUCAAUGAUCAUUAGCUAGGAGUGAAAUCAUUUGAGCAUGUCGAUAAAGUCCUGUAUUCCGUCAACUAAGAUUAAAGAUGAAGAUGAAGUCAACCAAGAGGUUCCUACUUCAAACUUCGUGACACAACCAACUUACACCCAGCCAUCUCGACAUUCACUAUCUGAACAUAGUGGACCAAUAUCAUGGCAACCCUAUUCUGCCAUAUCACGACGAAGUCCACCACCCGCUCCAACUCCCCUACCAACAUCAAAAGCUAGCGAAGAUCACAAUUGGCAAGCUACUCAAACAACAGUUCGAGAGAGAAAUGCUGUGAUGUUUAAUAAUUCAUUGAUGUCUGAUGUUCAGUUUACUGUGGGUAUUAGUCCAAAUCAACAAGUUAUACCAGCUCAUACAUAUGUCUUAGCUACUGGCAGUACUGUAUUUUUUGCAAUGUUUCAUGGGGGUUUGGCCAGUGAAACAAAAGAAGUAGAAAUUCCUGAUGUUGAACCUCAAGCUUUCUACAAUUUGCUCAGGUACUUAUAUUGUGAUGAGAUCCGUUUAGAGCCUGACAAUGUUUUAGCUACACUUUACGCAGCAAAGAAAUACAUUGUUCCACAUCUAGCCAAAGUCUGUGUUGAUUUUUUAGAAACAAGCCUGAGUGCUCGUAAUGCUUGUGUGUUAUUAAGUCAAGGUAGACUAUUUGAAGAAGUUGAAUUAAUGCAAAGAUGUUGGGAAGUUAUUGAUGCUCAAGCAGAAGAAGCCUUCAAAUCAGAUGGAUUUUCAGAUAUAGAUUACAAAACACUAGAAACUAUUUUAAGUCGAGAAACCUUGAAUGCUAAAGAAUUGUCAAUAUUUCAAGCAGUGUGUCGCUGGUCGGAGGCAGAAUGCAAAAGACAGGGAAUAGAUGUCAAUCCAGAAAACCAGAGAAAAGUUCUUGGAGGUUGUUUACAUUUGCUUCGAAUACCAACUAUGAGUCUCGGGGAAUUUGCUAAUGGACCAGCUCAGUCUGGUAUUCUAACAUUAGAAGAGGCCAACGCGAUCUUCCUAAAUUAUACAGCUCGUAAAAAGCCCUUAUUAGCAUUUAAUUAUAAACACAGAAAAGGUCUUCAACAGUAUCACGUUCAUCGGUUUCAGUCUUCCGCUUAUCGUAGCAAUCAGUGGCGUUACAGGGGCCGUUGUGACAGCAUACAAUUCUCAGUUGAUAGAAGAAUAUUUGUUGCAGGUUUUGGACUGUAUGGAUCUAGUAAAGGGGCUGCAGAAUAUCAAGUGCGCAUUGAAUUGAAGAAAAAUGGAUUAAUCUUGGGACAAAAUAUUACAAAAUUUAAAUCCGACGGCUCCAGUAACAUCUUCCCUGUCAAAUUUGAUAAUCCGAUUCAAGUUGAACCGGAGACUUAUUACACAGCCAGUGCAGUUUUGGAUGGCACAGAACUUAGUUAUUUUGGACAAGAAGGUCUUGCAGAGAUCCAAUGUGGAAAAGUCACCUUUCAAUUUCAGUGUUCUUCCGAUAGUACCAAUGGCACAGGUGUUCAAGGUGGACAAAUACCAGAACUUAUAUUUUAUUCUUGAACAAAAAGUUUUAGAAGUUUAUUUGUGCAUAGAUUUGUACCCUGUGUGUAAUUUGUAGUCUAAAUUAUCCCCAAAAUAAAAAGAUAGUACUAGUUUAAUUAACUAUCAUUUAGAUGCACCUCAGGUUUUAUGAUGAAUAUAUUGUGACAUAUAGUGCAUUAGUGUUAUUAUUUUGCUAGAAGUAUAUCCUUGUGUCCAAAAAAUUGUUUUUAAGAAUUGACCAUCUACAUUUUUUACUAAAAACUUUGGUAUACAUACAUGUACCAGAAUAUACAUGGUACAUGCAAUAUAGCACCAUAAGAAUAUUUCUUACUUAUUCUGUUAAUACUCUGUAGCACAUUUGCACUUACCGUUUCUGUACCCUCUUCCCAUAUUGCAUUUCACAAUAAAAAGUUUGAUGUUACAUGUAGAUAUAUACAUACAUGUGUGUAAGUAUUGUUACACAAAAAGAAAAUGACUUACAUGUAUUGUACACCCAAAGAUUAAGUAGAAAUUUUCCAAACAUAUUCUUGCAAUGUCAAGCCAUGACAUUUACAUGGAUCUAAUGCAGUUUUUUGGGGUGACUUAUUAUUAAUAUACAAUGUAGAACAGAGCUUCCCAUAAGUCUAUUAAUUUAAGACUAUAAAUGUGGCCUAUAUACGGUACCUGAUUUUUGUACAUAAUGUUCAUUAAAUCAUAACCUAUUUUUAUUUCUUAGUAUAUAUACAUCAUACAUGUAGCCAGCAGUGUACGCAAAAUCUAUUGAUUAUUUUACAUCAAAUUUAUGAUGGUCAAUAUGAAUCCUAAAGAGUGUGGCUUCUAUAUUGUUAUCAUAUACUAUGUAUUUAUUAUAUAAUGAAUUGUUUUACCAUAUGAUUAUGUACCUGCUAUGUGUUAUAUUGGACAGAUCAAAAUAAAAACAAAGUAUCUUGUAAAUACAAGUACAUGUACACAUAAAUAAUUAUUUGAUAGAGAAUCUCUUUCCUGUAAUUUAAGUCAGAAAAUGGUGCAUUAAAUUAAUGCAAUCAAGGUUGAAUUUGAUUUGGACAGACAAGAAAAUGUUUCGAAAUAUGUGACAGAUUGUCAGAUUUCUAGGCAGUGUUAUAUCUGGGGCCUGUUUCACGAAAUUUUAACUAAGCUAAAAUCCAAAUUUUAGUAAUUUGAUUGGAUAAUAUUAGAUUGAUUUUAGUGCUAAGCCAAUCAAAAUUGAAGUAUCUACUAAAAUUUGAUUUUAUCUUUAGUUAAAAUUUCGUGAAACAGGGCCCAGGUUAUUGGGUGAUCACUGUUCUACUUGACAUUAGCUCUUUAGUAUUUUACUAUGUAUUGUAAUGGAUAACUAGAUCGUGAUCAACCGCUUUAUAAAUAUUGUAGAACUUGCUAAACUAAUUUAUGUAGUUUCAAAAGUAAAGUUUAAUUGUAAAUAUGUUCAAUAUAAAUAUAUAGAUUA